GGCGGAGGCGGUGAGCGCGGGCGGCGCGGACGGCUGCGGUUGGCGGGCGGGUCCUCCGCCGUUGGGGCCGCUGCGGCCUCCUUGCCCGGGCUCGGGGCUCCGCGCUGGGAAACGCCGGGGGCCCGGGCACAUCGGCGUCAGACCUGGGAGUACUUUGUGCCAAAUCACUGCCACUUGCUACAUGAGUGUAAAUGAUGGCGGAUGCCAAGUAUGUCCUCUGCCGAUGGGAAAAGCGGUUAUGGCCUGCAAAGGUUUUGGCCCGAACUGAGACUUCAACAAAAAUUAAGAGAAAAAAGGAAUAUUUUCUAGAUGUUCAAAUCCUCUCCCUAGAGGAAAAAAUUAAGGUGAAAAGCACUGAAGUUGAGAUCCUAGAGAAGUCGCAGAUUGAAGCCAUUGCCUCCUCGUUAGCCUCGCAGAAUGAGGUUCCUGCGGCACCCCUGGAAGAACUGGCCUACAGACGGUCACUUCGCGUGGCUCUGGAUGUUCUGAGCGAGGGGCCCAUUUGGAGUCAAGAAAGCUCCACAGGGACAGGCACAGCCGACCAGUCUCUGCGAGAGAAGCCCACGGAACACGUUUCCUCGCCCUGUGAUUCCAACUUCUCAUCUCUUCCCCGUGGAGAUGUGUUGGGCAGUUCCGGACCUCACACGGGGAGGCAAUGCGUGCAACAAAGCCUGUCAAGUUCGUUCACUUGUGAAAAGGACCCCGAGUGCAAAGCAGACCACAAGAAGGGGCUCAGGAAAAGUGAAAACCCAAGAGACCUGUCGGUCCUCUCAGCUGGAGGUGGUGCUCAGGGUGAGAGCGGGUCCAGAAUCCACCGCAAAAAUUGGACUCUUGCAAGUAAGAGGGGAAGAAACUCAGUGCAGAAGUCUAGCUUGUGCCGGAAUGGAUCUUCCCUUUCAGAGGGCGCUGCGGAGAGAGACAUGGGGAGCAAGGGAGGCAGCUGGGCAGCCCCGUCCUCGCCCUCCGGGGUCAGGGAGGACGAUCCCUGUGCCAACGCUGAGGGUCGCGACCCUGGUCUCCCGUUGGGCAGCCUCACUGUGCCCCCAGCCCCUGAGUCCUCAGCCUGCUCAGAGCCCAGAGAGCGCCCUGCGAAGAAGAGGCUACGCCUGGAUGGCAGCCAGAGGCCCCGUGCCGCGCAGCUGGAGCCCAGGGCAGCAGGAGACGCACCAUCCCCCGGGCCGGGGCCCAGAGAGUCUAUGACCCUGCGCAGCACCACCAGGCUCGGCCCGCCUCCCUCCCACGCCUCUGUGGAUGAAAGCAGACGUCCUCCUUGCCCGGAUUCCCAGAAGCCGGAGGAAGAACCACGUUCGUUUGAAGUAGGAAUGCUAGUCUGGCUUAAAUAUAAAAAAUACCCCUCCUGGCCUGCAGUGGUCAAAAGCGUCAGGCAGAGAGAUAAGAAAGCAAGUGUGCUCUACAUCGAGGGACACAUGAACCCGAAAAGGAAAGGUUUCACAGUGUCUCUUAAAAGUUUAAAGCACUUUGAUUGUAAAGAGAAACAGACACUUCUGAACCAAGCCAGGGAGGACUUUGACCAGGCCAUUGGUUGGUGCGUCUCCCUCAUCACUGACUACAGGGUCCGGUUAGGCUGCGGGUCUUUUGCUGGCUCUUUCCUGGAAUAUUACGCGGCUGAUAUAAGCUAUCCUGUCCGAAAAUCCAUCCAGCAGGACGUCCUGGGGACCAGGUUUCCUCAACUGAGCAAGGGGAGCCCCGAGGAGCCUGUGGUGGGGCACCCCCUGGGGCAGAGACAGCCCUGCCGGAAAGUGCUCCCCGACCGCUCGCGGGCCGCCCGGGACCGGGCCAACCAGAAGCUGGUGGAGUACAUCGUGAAGGCCAAGGGCGCGGAGAGCCACCUGCGGGCCAUCCUGAAGAGCAGGAAGCCGUCUCGCUGGCUGCAGACCUUCCUGAGCUCCAGCCAGUACGUGACCUGCGUGGAGACCUACCUGGAGGACGAAGGGCAGCUGGACCUGGUGGUGAAGUACCUGCAGGGCGUCUACCAGGAGGUGGGCGCCAAGGUGCUCCGGCGCACCAACGGUGACCGGAUCCGGUUCAUUCUGGACGUGCUUCUGCCCGAGGCUAUCAUCUGUGCGAUCUCUGCAGUGGACGAGGUAGACUACAAGACAGCCGAGGAGAAGUACAUCAAGGGGCCUUCGCUGAGCUACCGGGAAAAAGAAAUAUUUGACAACCAGCUCCUUGAAGAGCGGAAACGGUGCCGUUGGUGAUGGAGCAGCCAGCUGUGCUGUCAGCGGGGCCUGGCGGUGGGAGCGCCUCCAGUGUGCAUGAGCAUGUCUGAAGAUGGGGGCUCGGGGCGCAUUUGCGUCUGGGCCUGUCUGUGCAUCUGCGUGGCUGUCCUGAUUUCCAUACUUCUGGAGAACCCAUUUUGUUAACAUUGAAAGUCAGGUCUCUUUCCCUGGCAAUUUUUUUUCAUUUUAUUUUUGGCAUUUUUUUCAAGACACCGUUCCGGAAAGGCUUUUGAAAGGACAGAAGCGUGUUCGCUUUGCGUCAGUACUCGUGACUGUGCUAUGGUUUCUCCCGACGUACACGUUGAUCUUGUCUGUGGCAUCUGAUAUUAAACGGGAGGUUUUAAGCAUCUGCCGUGACGAUGGAGCUUCGGAAGCGGGAAUGGUUCUUCCGGGUUUGCUGUUUUGUCUGUUUUCCCCUUGUGUGGGUUCCGCCUGCGACGGUUCCAGAAUUUGCUCUGCCACUCCGUGUGCUCUGCAGCUGUGAGGAAACAGCCUUCGUUAGAGGCGGGAGCAGAGACGAGCCGCUGCUCUGUGUCGUGUUUGCUGUGGCUGCAGGGAGAGGAGCGGGACACGCACCUUUCCAGGGGCCUCUGUGCUCCGCACUGUGGGUGAGUGGACCACAGCGCACAGCCGCGUGCCCUGGCUGCUGUGGGCUGGACCACCCCCACCUCCCCCGCCUGUCCGCCUGGCCUGAGUGAGUUUCCCUGCAUUGUGUCGUCACUGCAUGGCCAGUCACCGCGGUCGUCGGCCCGGAUGGCUGUGCUGGCCGCAGCAGUCAGGGUCACUCUGGGAGCUCUGGGGUCUAGUGAGAAGAAGGCCUUGUCCUGUGCCCUACCAUCGCAGAAGUGCAGCCUUUGUAUGGAAGCCCUACUGCGCUCCCGUCUGGAGAAACGGCUUCCAGGCUGUGGCUGCCAGGUCGGCUCUGGUCCACAGCAUGGUGCCGGGUCUGCAGGUUGUUGAAGGCUGUGACUCGGUGGGGCUCAGCCAGGCUCCAGCAGGGUCACAUGUGCUGUUAAGAGCAAACCCACAGACGAUGAAGUAUCCAUUCUCAGCUGAUGCUUUCCAGGCUGCGCCUGGACAGCAGUGCUGGGGAACUUCCCAGGGUUCCAGGGCCCGGUGGCCUGGGGGCUGCUUUCUCCCCACUAGGUGGGCUGCAUCUGGCCCUGGCUGGAGGCCUUAUUUUCAGGGGCCAUGACCCUCUUCCCCCAGGCCCUCCCCAGCUGACCACAGCCACCGGAGAGGAGAUCGGAACACAAUUGUCUCGGGGUGCAGGGCGCUGAGCAGGACGAAGGCUCAGGGACUCUCGUAUUGGGUCCUUGGGACUCGAGAAGUGCCAGAGGGGCGGCUGCUCUGGGACUCGGUGUUCACUGGCCUUUGUUUCACUUGAUUCUGGUCAAAUCCGAGAGCAGGAAACCCGGCCCUGGCCUGGCAGCUCUGCCUCCUGUGCCCACACGCUGGGGUCUGUCUUGUCGGGAGCAGUGGGGCAGACCCCUGACGGCCCUGGUCCCCUGCCGGUCACUUUUUCAGGGACAAGAAGCAGCCAGUACCACCGCCUGAGGAGGGGCUCAGCAGCAUUGCGUGUGUGGGCCUCGUGCUGCCUCAUGGAAAAUCCCCCCAGCCGCCCUCCAUGGUGGGUUCCUGAGGGUAGGACACGUCGCCACGGUUUUGUGGGAACCACGCCCCCCUGCUGGAAUUUUUCUGCUGUUGUGAAGUAGUUUUAUCCAUUUGCUUCUCUGCUGACCUUGCCAAGUUGUUUGAGGUGGAAUUAAACACCUCCCAGACC